AUGGUCUCUGAAUUUGUACGACUACAUGUAACGCCCUUGAAUUCCGAUCUUCUUCAAGUUGUUGUUGGUCCACAUCUCCUCGAUUCGGUCGCCAACUUGUCCUAUCACUCGAUCCAGACAUUCCCAGAGAACAACUACGGCUACUUUGACCUUCCUGCCAUGGAAGCCGACAAACUAAAGAAGAAGUUGAACGGAGCAAUCUUGAAGGGCAGGAAGAUUAGAGUGGAAGAUGCUCGGCCACAGAAACGCAGGCGCAUCGAGGAGUCGGACAAAGACGAAGAACCCAGCGUGAAGCCUGAGCGAAGGAAGCCGAAGAAAUCCAAAGAGCGCAAUGUUAUUUUGGGCCAUGAACUUCCCGUGGACCGCAAAGUGAAACGCGGCUGGACCGAAGCGAAGUCCACCAAGUCAAGCAAAAAGAACAAGAGCAAGGCAUCCACGUCUAGCUCCAAAUAUACCGACAAAGACGAGGCGCUUUUUCGUACGAAGCUCCCUCCCAACAAACUCGAUAAUGUAGAGGCAGGGAAGAAGGAAAAGGGCAGGUCGAAGAAGAAAAGCACUGAACGAGUAGUGCACGAGUUUGAGAAGUCCACAAUGCAACCUUCCUUCAUCAGACAGGAUAUUGGGCUCGGCAUCAAGGGAAAUCUACAGUACGUUGAAGGUGAAGGCUGGGUCGAUGAACAAGGACAUGUGAUUGAGAAGGAACCUGAGCGAGUCUCCAAGCGUCGCCAGACAACCAAGCAACAAGCCCAGGUGGACGACAAAGCUAGCAAGAGACGGCGACAGUCUUCUGAAUCGUCGUCGUUGUCACCCUCCUCCUCCUCUAGCGAAGGCACUGAUGAAGUCGAGAUGAAUGCUAGCUCUCCUGACAAGGGCCAAAUGGAGGACACGAGCAGUUCGGGUUCUUCUUCAGACUCAGAAUCUGACGAAGAGACGAACUCCAGUGCCUCAGCUCAUGGCACUUCGGAGGCAGAAACACAGGCAGGACUACAUCCACUAGAGGCUCUCUUUAAGAAGCCAAGAGGCCCUAUCUCGGAGGACGUUGCAAAGCCAUCGUUGGAGAUCUCAACGUCGUUCUCCUUUUUUGAAUCGGGCGAUCCUGAAGAUCUCGCAGAAGAGCCUGUCGUCCCAUUGACACCGUUCAGCUCUCAGGACAUCCGCUAUCGUGGACUACGAAGCGCCGCUCCAACGCCCGAUACCGCACAUCCUAGUCGAUUCAAUAGUUACGGCAGUUCUGAACUACCUGGAGAUGAGGCACCACAAGAGGACGAGGAGGAGGAAGCUGACAAAGCCGAGUUGGGGGCCAGUCUUGGGUUGAAGGAACAAACCAAGGAGGGAACAUCCCGAUCCCAGAGUGAUUUUGAGAAAAAGUUCUGGGAGAAUCGAGCCGAAAACAAUCGCUCUUGGAAGCUGCGACGCAGGACAGUGCUGAAGGAGAAGAGGCAGCGAGAGAACAAGGCGCGGAGACCCAGGAACUGGUAG